GUUCCAUUCUGCAAUCUACAACUUCAUCUAUGAACUAGAAGUGUUGUUCUUGAGAGUUUGAGAGAAAUACUUCGAAUUUACGGACUAUGUGGUUACUGUAACAGUCUAACGAGGCUCCGAUUGAGUUUCAAGAAGAUAAAUUCCAGGGCCAUGAGAAAUACAAAUAGUACAAGAAAUAUUGGCAAGAGAAGUUUACAAGAAAUUCUCGCCAACGAGAAAACUUCAAUUAAUGUAUCUAAAGAGCGCAGAUUGGAAUGUGGGCAGUCCUCAAUGGCAACUUCUAUCGCUUCUUUGAGAGAUAUCACUAAUGGAAAUAUACCAUCAAGUUUCACUAAAAUUGGUACAUGUCUUGAAAGUAAGUUUCCAAGUACAUAUAUCAUGGAUAUUCAUGGAAUUCGAUAGCAACUCAGAGGUUUGCGGAAACUGUGAAUGACAAAACAAAAGGUACUUCGCAUGCGAAUGACUACGUUGAGAAUGUAGUCACGUGUAAGGAUUAAAUAAAUAUGUUAGUUGACAUAAAUUUGGUUUUUGAUAAUCAGUAGUUAACUAAUUUAUUAACUUAUCACUCCUUUUUUUUUCAAAUUUAUAGACCAACAAGUCAAUCACGAUCCUGUUAAGAGUACAUCAGAAUCGUGAAGUCAAUGUCGUAACACAAACCGAUGUAACAAUUGUUGAUGGUCUUGAUAAUGAAGUUGCACAUUCAGAUGAUGAUGGCGACUACUAUUCCGGAUCAAAGACAAUUUCAAGUGGAUAUUGGGAUGUUGGUGACCCUGAGUAUUCAUGUGAAUUUUGCGGAGCCUUAUUUUGGUUCGAUGAGAGGGUAGAGACCAAGUACAAAGCACGAAAUCCAACAUAUUCUAGAUGUUGCAUGCAAGGAAAGAUUAAACUGCCUCUUAUGAAACGGCCACCGUCAAUUCUUGAGAAACUAUUUAUCAGCCAAGAUGCCAUGAGCAAACACUUUUUGGAUAAUAUUCGAACAUAUAAUUACAUGUUUUCUUUUACAUCAAUGGGUUGAAAAAUUGACAACAAUUUUAAUAAAGGCAAAUCACCCCCAAUUUUUAAGUUACAUGGGCAGAACUUUCAUCUAAUGGGUACUUUGCUACCAACGAACUCCAAUGUGCCUAAAUUUGCACAAUUAUAUAUUUAUGAUACCGAGAACGAAAUCUCUAAUAGAAUUAAUUCUGUUAGGUAAUUUUGUGUUUCCAUAUUCUAAUUUAUACAUUCUUUUUAUUAAUUAAUUAGUACGUCCUUCCCAAUGGACUAUGCACUGUUUGAAUGAGCAGAACCACCAAAUAGUUACUUUAAUAGAAAAGUGGCAAAGUUUUUUUGGACAACCAAAAAGUGAAAGUUGGCAAAGUCCAGUGGGAAGGAGAGAAUAAUUAAUUAAUUUUGAUAAUAUCACUUUAUUACAAAUCAAUCUCCACAUUUUAUUUGUAGGAGUAAAGAUGAUCAUCAUAAUUUGCAUGAACAAAUUGUGGAAGAUCUUAAGAAGACGCUUGAUGAAAAUAAUGUCUUAGUAAAGUCAUUUAGAAUGGAAGGCAAGAAAAUCCGCGAUGAAGGGUGUGUGGAUUUUAAAUUACAUCUUAUUGGAAGAAGAUCAGGAGAUGCAAGAACUUACAAUCUCCCUUCGGUCUCAGAAGUUGCUACCUUAGUUGUAGGUGAUUUUGAUUUAUCACUUGGAGAAAGAGAUAUUUUGGUGGAAACAUGCUCCGACGGGUUGCAACGAAUUAAUGAAUUGCAUCCCUCAUAUUUGGCACUUCAGUAUCCUUUACUUUUUCCAUAUGGUGAGGAUGGCUUUAGGGAAUAUAUACCCCUUUUUUAACAAAAAGAAUGAUCCAAAAGGGGGGAGACAGAAGAUUAGUGUGAGGGAAUUCAUUGCAUUUCGCUUGCACGAGAGAGUUUCAGAAAUUUCCACCAUUUUACGUGCAAAGAGAUUGUUUCAACAAUUUGUUGUUGACUCUUACACUUUGAUUAAAUCCAGUAGAUUGAGAUAUAUUCGCACUCAUCAAAAACAAUUGAGGUGCGAAAUGUAUAAGGGUUUGACAGAAGCAUUGUUGUGUGGUGAUGUUAAUCUAGCUACACAGGGAAAACGAAUAGUUCUCCCAUCUUCUUUUACGGGUGGAGCUAGAUACAUGAUACAGAACUAUCAGGAUGCUAUGGCCAUUUGUAGAUGGAUAGGCUAUCCUGAUUUAUUUAUAACUUUCACAUGCAACCCAAAGUGGCCGAAAAUAAUAAGAUUUUUAAAUAAAAGAAAUCUUAAGCCAGAAGAUUGUCCGGAUAUUGUUUGUAGAGUCUUCAAAAUGAAGCUUGAUGGACUAAUCAAUGACUUCCGUCAGAAAAAAGUAUUUGGCACAGUUAAAGCAGUUAUAUACACUAUUGAGUUUCAAAAGCGUGGGUUACCUCAUGCUCAUAUAGUACUGUUCCUCGACAAGAAUGAGAAAAUCCCUACACCGGACUAUAUAGACACAAUCAUUUCAGCUGAAAUCCCAUGUGGGAAGAAUGAUCCAGAGUAUUACAAUGUUGUGAAAGAUUAUAUGAUGCAUGGUCCAUGUGGAAAUGCGAAAUUGGACUCCCCUUGUAUGGUAGAAGGACGUUGCUCAAAGCAUUUUCCUAAGAAAUUCGUGAAUCAAACUUUUGUGGAUGAUGAUGGAUAUCCGGUGUAUAGACGAAGAGAAGACGAGCGAACAAUUGAGAAAAAUGGUGUGCCACUUGACAAUCGAUAUGUAGUGCCCCACAAUAGACAUUUACUGCUCAAGUAUGCAGUACACAUGAACGUCGAGUGGUGUAACCAGUCAUGAUCUAUCAAAUACUUAUUCAAAUAUGUGAAUAAGGGUAACGAUAGGGUGACUGCAACAUUUUACGAAAGUGGAAAUGGAGAUAACGAAAGGGGUCAUGUGGAUGAAGUCCAAAUGUACUAUGAUUGCAGAUAUGUGUCUCCAUGUGAAGCUAUUUGGAGGUCUCUGGGUUUUGAAAUUCAGUAUAGAAGUGUCCCGGUGGAGAGGUUGAGCUUUCAUCUUCCAAAUGAGCAAAAUGUCUAUUUCGAUGAUUUUGAUCCUAUUGAUGAAGUUGUUCGUAGAGAAACAGUGAAACAGAGUAUGUUUUUGGCUUGGUUCAAAGCAAAUCAAGUUUAUCUUGAAGCACGAGAAUUGACUUACGAUGAGAUGCCAAUGAAGUUCGUUUGGAAACAAGCAACAAGAGAAUGGGUACCAAGGAAGAAAGGUUUUGCAAUUGGACGAGUGUUUUACGUACCACCUGGAUGUGGUGAACAAUUCUACCUUAGAUGUCUUCUGAAUGUAGUUUGUGGUCCAACAUGUUUUGAAGAUCUUAUGAAGGUGGAUGGUGUGCAAUAUAAGUCUUUUCGUGAUGCUUGCUAUGCAUUGGGGUUGUUGGAUGAUGACAAGGAAUACAUUGAUGCCAUUGAUGAAGCAAGUUUUUGGGCAACUGCAUAUGCUUUACGUAGAUUUUUUGUUGCAUUUUUGAUUGCCGAUUGCCUAAGUAGACCUGAAGAAGUUUGGGACAAAUGCUGGACUUAUUUGUCCGAUGACAUUCUCUACAGACAACGUUUGAUGUUCAACCAUCCUGAACUCAUUUUGAGUGAAGAUGAAAUAAAGAACUACACGUUGUUUGAAAUUGAAAAAUUGUUGCGUAGUUGUGGAAAGAGUUUAGAAGAUUAUGAGGGAAUGCCAACUCCAAAUGCUCAGUUUUUGUUCACCAAUAGGAAUCGGUUGGUGUAUGAUGAAUUAAGGUAUGAUAGGGUGUCUUUGCUUGAAGAACAUAAAAAAUUGUUACAUAGUUUGAAUGAUGAACAGUUCAAUGUUUACAAAACGGUGCUCAAAGCCAUUGAUUCAAGUGAAGGUGGAGUGUUCUUUGUAUAUGGAUAUGGAGGAACUGGAAAAACAUUCGUGUGGAAAACUCUUUCUGCAGCUAUACGAUCCAAAGGAGAAAUUGUUUUAAAUGUUGCUUCAAGUGGCAUCGCAUCUCUUCUCUUGCCCGGCGGUAGAACUGCACAUUCUCGAUUUAAAAUUCCAAUAAAUCAAAAUGAGGAUUCUACUUGCAAUAUCAAGCAAGGCAGUGCACUUGCUGAGCUUAUUGUGAAGUGCAAACUAAUAAUCUGGGAUGAAGCUCCAAUGGUGCACAAACACUGUUUUGAGGCUUUGGAUCGUACGCUUCGUGAUAUUUUACGUUUUACAAAUCCCAUGAGUUUAGAUUUUCCAUUUGGAGGAAAGACUGUGGUGUUUGGGGGAGAUUUUAGACAAAUUCUUCCUGUCAUACCAAAAGGAACGAGGCAAGAUAUAGUUAAUGCAACUAUAAACUCCUCUUAUUUAUGGAGAUAUGUAAGAGUGUUGAGACUAACCAAGAAUGUGAGACUUCUUCACGGAGAUUUUAGUCAAGCGCCUGAAGAUCUAAUUUCCUUUAUCAAGUGGAUUGCGGACAUUGGAGAUGGAAUUAUUGGUGGCGAUAAUGAUGGUUGUUUUGAUAUAGAGAUUCCUGAUGAUUUGUUGAUUAAAGGUUACGAUGAUCCAAUUGCAUCAAUUGUUCAAAGCAUUUAUCCUGAAUUUGCAAGCAAUGUAGAUGAUCCCAGUUACUUAGAAAAGAGAGCAAUCUUGGCUCCGGCACUUGAUGUUGUUGAUGCGAUCAAUGAUUACAUGCUUAGAAUGAAUGGCGAUGAAUUAAGAACAUAUCUUAGUUCAGAUAGUCCAUGUAAAUCAGAUGCAAAUGUCGAUUUCUUAAUCGACCUUCAUACUCCCGAAUUUUUAAAUGGCAUAAGAGCUUCUGGAGUUCCAAAUCAUAAAUUGCAUCUCAAAGUGGGGACACCAGUUAUGCUAAUAAGAAACAUUGAUCAUUCAAUGGGGUUAUGUAAUGGAACCAGAAUGGUGAUCACCAGGCUCGGUAAUCAUGUUUUGGAAGCAAAAGUCCUCACAGGAAUCAGUGCAGGUGAAAAGGUGUUGAUACCUAGAAUGACUUUGACUCCAUCAGAUGUUCGGCUGCCUUUCAAGUUUCAAAGGAGACAAUAUGCUUUGAUUGUCUCAUACGCUAUGACAAUUAACAAAAGUCAGGGACAAUCGUUGUCUAAUGUUGGAUUAUUCUUACAGAAACCGGUGUUCAGUCAUGGUCAGCUAUAUGUUGCUCUUUCACGUGUCACUGAGCGUGUUGGGUUGAAAAUUUUAAUACGUGACCAAGAUGAUAAAGAUACAAAUGUAACAAAAAAUGUUGUAUAUAAAGAAGUGUUUCAAAAUUUAUAAAGACAUUUAUUACUA